CUAACGAUAUAAGCAUCAUUCUUUAUAUUUGAUUGUAAAGAAAAGUAGAUACGUUUCAUAGUAAUUCACAAUUUCUACAAGUGUUACGGAAAUGAUGUGAUAUAUUUGAUAUUCUUCCCUUGUAGCCCUGAGUUGUUCGACGCCGUUCAAAAAGAACUAGGCGAUCUGAGAGCCUCCGCAAUGAAAAAUUUUACGAUUCAAGUCGACGAGUCCAAUAUUCUUACUUGGCAAGGCCUUAUAUUGCCGGAUAAUGCUCCUUAUAAUAAAGGAGCAUUUCGAAUUGAAAUCAAUUUUCCUGCAGAAUAUCCUUUUAAACCACCUAGAAUAAAUUUCAAAACAAAAAUCUAUCAUCCAAAUGUAGAUGAAAAAGGACAAGUAUGUCUACCUAUUAUAAGUGCUGAACAUUGGAAACCAGCAACAAAAACAGAUCAGGUUAUACAAGCUCUGAUAGCUUUAGUAAAUGAUCCUGAGCCAGAACAUCCAUUAAGGGCAGAUCUAGCUGAAGAAUUUCUCAAAGAUAAAAAGAAAUUCCUAAAAAAUGCAGAAGAUUUUACAAAAAAGCAUGCAGAAAAAAGGCGAGAAUCAUCCUCCUCGAACGAAUAAUCCCAAAUGGUAGGCCUUUCUCACCACGAUGCCUGCCACCUCAGUUAAUUCAUUGCGAGUCGAUUUAUGCCGGUCUGUCAUAUGUGGAAUCGAGAAUGCCCCGUGUACAGUAUUGGUUGAUAACGAGGAUAAGAAUAUAUGCAAAUUGUAAUGUUUAAUAAGGUGGAAAGAACUUUUCAGAGCAAAGUAAAUUAUAAUAAAAUAACUGUAUGAUAUUGUAAA